UUUUCGAGAAUCGACUGAGAUUGGCUAACAGGCUGGGAACGGGACUGCAGCGCCGGGACUCGGCAUCAUCACUUCCUGUUGUGGGCCGUCGUUUCCUGUCGCUGCUUGGUAACAAUGGGGAAGAUAAUGGCUGCCUGAGCAACGUCUGGAAGCAGACGCUGGGGUAGAGGCGGGUCUCAGCCAGCCACCCAUUCGAGAGAGCUUGAAAGCGGAGGCAGCCGAGGCGCGGAAGAGCCUCAGCGGAAACGGCUGAACUAACCGAGUCCGAUCCUGAUCUUAAAACUGAAUGGAGGAGACAGCCACGUUCCUUCCCGAGACAGUUUCACCAUACUUAUUCCACAGAGCAGAGUGAAGAAAACUAAAAUCCAGUUUAUUGUAUUUCAGUACUAUGUCAUAACAGUCAGAUAAUUUUCCACUUGUUCGUCAAGAUGGAAAACUCAGAUUCUAAUGAUAAAGGAAGUGGUGAUCAAUCUGCAGCACAGCGCAGAAGUCAGAUGGACCGAUUGGAUCGAGAAGAAGCUUUCUAUCAAUUUGUAAAUAACUUGAGUGAAGAAGAUUAUAGGCUUAUGAGAGAUAACAAUUUGCUAGGCACCCCAGGAGAAAGUACAGAGGAAGAGUUGCUGAGAAGACUACAACAAAUUAAAGAGGGUCCACCACCACAAAAAUCAGAUGAAAAUAGAGCAGGUGGUGAUUCUUCAGAGGAUGUGUCUAAUGGUGACUCUAUAAUAGACUGGCUUAAUUCUGUCAGACAAACUGGAAAUACAACAAGAAGUGGGCAAAGAGGAAACCAGUCUUGGAGAGCUGUGAGCCGGACUAAUCCAAACAGUGGUGAUUUCAGAUUCAGUUUAGAGAUAAAUGUUAACCGUAAUAAUGGGAACCAAAACCCAGAGAGUGAAAAUGAGCCAUCUUCAAGACGUUCUGGUGGAGAAAUUACAGAAAACAAUAGCCAAAGGCCAGUGGAAAAUCCGCGAUCUGAAGCAACAUCUGCAAGACCAUCUAGAUCAGAACGAAAUUCAACUGAAACAUUAACAACAGAAAUCCCACCUGCUAGAGGUCAGAGGAGGGCAAGAAGUAGGAGCCCAGACCAUCGGAGAACCAGAGCCAGAGCUGAAAGAAGUAGGUCACCUCUGUAUCCAAUGAGUGAAAUUCCACGAAGAUCUCAUCAUAGUAUUUCAUCUCAAACUUUUGAGCACCCUUUAGUAAAUGAGACCGAGGGAAGCUCUAGAACCCGGCACCAUGUGACAUUGAGACAACAAAUAACUGGACCUGAGCUGUUAAGUAGAGGUCUUUUGGCAGCUUCUGGAACAAGAAAUACCUCUCAAGGAGCAGGUUCUUCAGACACAGCCAUCAGUGGUGAAUCUACAGGAUCAGGACAGAGACCUCCAACCAUAGUCCUUGACCUUCAAGUCAGAAGAGUUCAUCCUGGAAAAUACAGACAGAGAGAUAGCAUAGCUAGCAGAACUCGGUCAAGGUCUCAGACACCAAAUAACACUGUUACUUAUGAAAGUCAACGAGGAGGUUUUAGGCGUACAUUUGCACGUUCUGAGCGGGCAGGUGUGAGAACCUAUGUCAGUACCAUCAGGAUUCCCAUUCGUAGAAUUUUAAAUACUGGUUUAAGUGAGACUACAUCUGUUGCAAUUCAGACCAUGUUACGGCAGAUAAUGACAGGUUUUGGUGAGUUAAGCUACUUUAUGUACAGUGAUAGUGAUUCAGAACCUAGUGGCUCGGUCCCAAGUGGAAAUAUGGAAAGGGUAGAGUCACGGAAUGGAAGAGGGAGUUCUGGUGGUGGUAGCAGUUCUGGUUCCAGUUCAAGUUCCAGUUCCAGUUCAGGUUCCAGUCCUAGUUCCAGCUCCAGUGGCGAAAGUUCAGAAACUAGCUCAGAGUUGUUUGAAGGCAGUAAUGAAGGAAGCUCUUCAGGUGCCAGGCGAGAGGGUCGACAUAGGGCCCCAGUCACAUUUGAUGAAAGUGGCUCUUUACCCUUUCUUAGUCUGGCUCAGUUUUUCCUCUUAAAUGAGGAUGAUGAUGACCAACCCAGAGGACUCACCAAAGAACAGAUUGACAACUUGGCAAUGAGAAGUUUUGGUGAAAACGAUGCAUUAAAAACCUGUAGUGUUUGCAUUACAGAAUAUACAGAAGGCAACAAACUUCGUAAACUACCUUGUUCUCAUGAGUACCAUGUCCACUGCAUUGAUCGCUGGUUAUCUGAGAAUUCUACCUGUCCCAUUUGUCGCAGAGCAGUCUUAGCUUCUGGUAACAGAGAAAGUGUUGUGUAAUUAACAUCUGAACUCUCAGCUUUGUAGCUGGUGUAGUGAUGGGCAAACAGGAAUCACUUGCUUUAUGUCCACUUUUUGAGUGGUGCUUAGCUUAAAUGUAAAGUAACAACUGAAUUAAGUCAUUUCUUUCUGAAAGAAUCAUGUCCUUCAGUUUCCAUUUCAGAAUAAAAAGAAAUAUUUAAAAAAAUUUUAGAACCUAAAAAUCUGAUUUCAAUACCAGUUGAAUUGGUAGCAUCUCUGUUACCAAUAAUUUAUACUUGUAAGUUUCUCUUUUGUUAUCUUAAAAGAUCUGCCUUAGCAAUGGCUCCUGUCUGUUUCAUGCUGAUCUUUAACGUUUCCCAUGCCAUGGGAGAGAGGUUAAGGAAAUUCCCAGACAAGACUAAGUUAUAUGUGUUUCAUAAGUGAUUACUUAAAGUUAUGCCAUUCCUAGUUAUUAGUUGACCCAGAUUCAGCCACAUUCUGAAUAUUUGUUCACCUUUCAGACUCGGUGAUACUGGACGUGUCAGUGUAAAUAACACUAAAGAUAGAAUUUUCUAAGUGUAUGACUGUCUCCUAAGCCCAUUACUGUGGCACAUUAUAGAGUGAGCUUAUAGUUUGAGAUAUUUAUCUUGUGGAAAUAUUAAAAAGCCUAUGCUUGUGUAUGUGAAGAAAUCACAUUCAUUUGUUUAAAGAUGUAAAGCUAUUUUGUAGAGGCUCAGUACUUUUCCAAUGCACUGUUGUAUUGAUGCAUUAAAAAUUGUAAAGUACCAUGCUUAGAAAUGAGAAAACUGCUUUUUGUGAACGAACAUAGUAAAAAUCACACCAAACAAAGUAUGAAGCUGCUUUUUUUUAAUGUGUAGGUGUCAAGAGCAGAACAUAUCUAUAAUAAUGUAUGUGAACAGCUACAGUGACAUGAAAAGAACCACGCAGAAUCAAACUGAAUGAAAGACCAAUGGAAAUUGUGUUUUAACUUGGAUUUAGGCAGGUGCUUAAAGAUGAGAGUACAGAAAACUGCUCUGAAGAAGUUUUCAUGAAGACAGUAAUGCGGACAUUAACUGGUUUCAUGUGAGAGCAGUAGCAGCUUGACUUGGUAUUCUACUUGAACAGAUGAAGCAGAUAAGCAAAUUUGGCAGAGCUCUCUUUGAUUUAAAGAAAAUGAACCAUUGCCAUCUAGCACAAGUUAAAUUGAUGUUUUAGAAAUCUACUCCUCAAAUUAAAAAAAAAAACCAUGGGGGAAAGAGACUAUAAACCACUUUCAGCAGAAAAAUUGCAGUUGGUACAGAUGUAUGCUAAUUGGAAAGUCUCAAAUAUGCUUGUUUUCCAGAUUUGUCAUGUAAGGUACCAGUGCACACUUCUUACUAUUUCAUUACUGCCUCUAGUACAGAUUAACAGGUCAUAUUUAAAGACCUGUUGAAGAAUUAAGGAGUUUUUAUCCUUAGUUGAAAGUGAAUCAUGCUGGGUUAUUUAAAAUUCAAAUUUUAAUUGUGCUGCCCAUAUUUGAACAUGAGACUGCUGAUUCAUUAUCCAUGGACAUGCACUUUAUGUUGUUUUCUUAGUAGAAUAGAUUUGUGAUAACCCCAAUAACUUGCCCAAUUUCUCUUGAGGCCAGUUGGGGUCAGGAUUAGUCUGGCUAUGGAGCAGAUACUUUGUUUUUCUGGGGAAAGCUAAUAGGCCAGAAGGGAAAUUGAACACAUCCUUGGCCUUUAACACCACAAAAAUAAAAUGAGCUAAUCACCCAGAUAUAGUUAAAUACUCUACAAAAUAAACAAAUCUGCUUUCAGAAUUACCUGGCUACUUUACUGUUAUCAGCUUAGCUGUAAAAUUUAUUUCAAAGCUCAUUCUAUCAUGUUUUCUUCUGGCUUUCAGUCCUACCUAAGAAUCAAGGAAAUUAUAAAUAUGGUAGUUGUUUACUAAGGAUAUGUACUGCUCUUGCAAGGAAAUAAUAUCCAAACAAAGCUUCACAUUUUUUAAUAUAAGCAGAUUUCACUGUUUAUGGCGCUUAUGUAAUACCUUUUAUUUUUUAAAAAUUUUUCCAUGUGAAAAUCAGGAUUCCUUUAUAUUUGUGAGCCUCUUUGUCUCCUAAGGGUGUAAUGUAUGGUUUUCAGAUCUACAGGGUAGUCUUGACUGGCUAAAAAGAUCCAUUUGUCCUCUUGGAAUAAAAUGUUCUCUUGCUAUGGGGCAUUCAUUUUAAUAGUUUAAAACCAGCAGCAGCACAUCCUAAGUAUAAAUGAAAGUUAUUGACAACAAGUACCUCCCUAGCCUCCCAAAAUGUAUUACUCACUUGUGAAGUAUUAAAAGUAAAAGGUAACUCAAGCAGAAUGCUGGUUAUGAAUGUAGAUGUUGAAGCUAUUCAUAAACACUGGAAGUAGAGCUCUCACGUUUUUGAAUGCACAUAUUGGACCUGUGUAUGUGGACACCUUUUUUCAAUAAGACUCAUCCAUUGGCUGUAGAAUGAAUACAACUAUUUUUAGUGGAAUUUGCUACUUUUCAUUUUGCAGAGUCUAUGACUAAUAUACUUACUGGUGUUGUGGACAUUGAAGACAAAGUGGUUUAUAAGGUGUCAGUUGUGCAAUGGAGAACACAAAUUGUUUUUCCCCAUCAGCAUCCAAACACCUAUUCUUGGGAGAGCAUUUUCUUUCUUGCAAAAGACUACACUUCAUUUUGUGUCUUUGCAUUUUCUCUUUAUUACAGAAAGGUUCUGUCUUUAAGACCUACUUUGAACUUCAUGCAGUAAUAGGAACAAGAAAAUACUGAAAGAUUACAUUGUUUAAAGCAUAGGGAAAAGUACUACAACCUGCAUUUUCUUGAAUAUUUCAGGUGUUUGUAAAAAUUCACUUACUGGUAUGAAAUGUUUGCAGUGUUUUGCUUUUUAACUCCAAGCAGCAGAGGAGGUUGAGAUUUUAUUACUACUAGAAGACAAAAUCAAAGAAGUUAGGUUGAAACUUUGCAGACUCUAGCAACACUAGAAGAGAAUCAUGUUAAUUGGAAUAUUUGCUCUAAAAAGAACACAUUAGUUAUACCUCAGUCAUGUUAAUGGAGGUGGGGACUGAGAAAAUUUCACAUUAGUGUUGGAAUGUAGUUGAUAAUUACACAGAUCAUAAAACCUUUAGCGCCAGGAGAUACGCAAAAUCAUUAAGAACAUGAUUAUUGGAAUUCAAUCUUAAGAUUAGGAAACUGGUUAGCUAGAAGUAUUACCUCAAUUAAUGUCUCCCCCUCCCCCAAGGAAAACAUCCUUUCCAUGCCAAGUAUUCUUGCUGUAGCCAGUGUCUCAUUUAUGAAAAGGUUAUUGCUUAAUAUGCUUUGUAUUUAACCACCUGCUUCCCAAGUGAUCACAACAUGAAUGGGUCAUGAAUUAGCCAUGACUUUCAGUUCCCCCAAAUACCCAUGGAAUAUGCAAAUAUUAAAUGCUUCUUAAAAGCCCAUUUUUACAGCUUGCAUUCUUACAGUGGCACCUUGUGGUUGACUUUUUAAGAUGGGGGUAUUUUUAUCCACUCCCUUUUAUUCUCCUUUGUUCUUUCUGAACAAAAAUAAUUUGUAAUAUGCCUUAUUUUUUAAAAAAAAAUGUUUACUGGCUUUCCUGUCAAAUAUUUUACCAAUAUUAAGUACAUAAUGCUAUGUUUGCAGGGCACUUAUUGUUCUUUACUAGUCUUAUAAGACUGCUUAUUGCUAUGUUUUGAAGUAUUCUGUACCUUAGUAAUCAAGAGAGUGACAAGGUACAUGUUAAAGGUGUUUUUUUCUUCAGUAUAAUUCAAUACAUUUAAUAUUCAAUAACUUGUAAUUCUUUAGUAAAUUGCUUUUGAAAUAUUGAAAACGUAAAUUGAUGUAACAUACUUCAUUUGGAAAGUUAAAAGUGCAAAGUCUGAGGAACCAGUACACUUAUUUUUAAAUCAGUUUUAAUAAGCAAAAUAGCUGUGAAUUCAGUACCUGCCCUUUAAAAUAUUUUAGCAUUCUGAAAUUAAUUCUCUUUGGAACAUUUCUAAAAUGUCUAGUACUCUGAACAGAUAGAUGAGUGUUCUUAUUUAACCCUAGUGUGUAUCUAAAAGUGUACAACAUGGAGGUGUAUCAGGGUGUUUGGAACUCUGAAUAAAAGAACAGUUUUAUCAGUUUAUGAUAGUUUUCACAUCUACAUAGGUAUUUAGAUUCAAAUCUAGAAUAAAUAGGCAUACUAUCCAAAACAAAAUUACAGCAAGGUAUUUUUUUUAAAUUAGGAAUUAUUUACUAAAGUUCCAUGAGCUGCUUUAUAGUCACUUGGGUUGACUAUCUUAAAGACAUGCAGUGAAAACCCAUUUUACCACUGUGCCUCAUUUCAAGAUUCCUUUAUCAGUUCAUCUUGCUGAUUUGUUCUAAUACAUUGGUAUGGUUGAACCAGCUGCCCAGCCUUAACUCUAGUGCCCUGUUAACAUUCUUUUAAAUGAUUGGUUUGUAUGUAUUAACUGUCCAUUGUUUGGAUUUUAACUCCUGGUAGCUCCAUGUGUUCCUGGUGCUGCUUUUUAAAAUGUAGAACCAUAUAAUCACAUAUCAAAUUUGAGUAGGUAUGCAGUUGGCCUGGCUAUGUAUCUGUCUGUUUUAUCUUCUCCCAAGAGGAGCUGCUUUGGUAUAGAUGUUUACUUAGAUUCAUAUAAAGAACUGGGCAGCCAUCUUGGAAAGCUUUCUGAAGCCUAAAAGAACCUGACAGGAUUUGGAAGGGGAACAGUAACAAAGGCUGCCUUUAUGUCUUUGAACAUGAAGCACAUAAACCUAUGUUAUGUAAAGACUGAAGUGAUUGUUAUACCAGGGCUUCCUGACCUUUGGGAGAGACUUGGAACAGAGGAGCACAAAGUGAAGUGAAUUUCAUUGGCUUGCUUUAUCUGAUAUCUCGUUUUCUUUCAAUUUAAACCUGAACAUAACACCCGUUCUCAGUAUCUGUCUAGCAAACUCCUGGUUGGGAAGCCCUGUAUUAAAAUUUGAGAAUGUACCCAGUUUUCUCUUUUGUACAGUGCUUUACACCUGCUAAAAAUUAACUUGUUUAAUGCAAAAACAAGACCUUGAAAGGUUAGUCAUAUUACAGCUGGUUUGAUUAAUAGUUAUCUUUUAGGAAGAAGCUUUUCCCCUAUGUAAGUUGUCAUAUUACAGAUUUAAAAUAUAGACUAUCAAUAAAAUGCAUGAAGUGAUCAUUUGUGCUUGAUCAUCUCUCCUUGGGGUUUUCUUUAAAAGGGGGACUGAUAAAGGUUCUGUUGCUUCAAAUCAAUGUCAAAUAAAUUUGGUACAGAACAGCUUUAAUUUUGAAUUUUGCUAUGUGUAUGGGCAGGUACUUUUGUUUAUGUGAUAGAAUUUCCACUUCAACUCUGUUGUGAAUGGCUUGUUAGUAAAAUAGUAGAUUAAAGUAUAUUCCAAUAGAAAUAUCCUGGGAAGAUUUAUGUAAAUGACAUUUUAAGUAAGUGCAUCUUUGCUAUUGUAUUCUCAUUAUCACCCUGACCAUUCCCUUGCAUGACUUCUGUAUGAAGUAUGAUUGAAAAAUAUGAUGUUUAAAUAAAUUUACAGUAACACACAUUGCCAUUACUCCCCAUCAAAGAACUCCCCCUCACAUCAAGGAUUUACCAUUCUUGGCACUUUCCAAAACAGUUCUGGAAGUAACUCUUGUAAGUUUUCACUUGCAUUGUUGUGGCUGCCUUGAUGUCCUGAAGCAAUUCAAAACAUUUACUUUUCAUGGUCAUUUUUACUUUGAAGAAGAGCCAGAAGUCAAAAAGUGCCAGAUUCUGACUAAAGUGGAUGUGGAUAUACCAUAAAGUUUUUUAUGAGCUUGCCUUUCUAUUGGGUGGCACUCAGCAGCAGCAUUCACUAUAUUUUAUCACACCUUGUAAAAGACACGAGAGAGGACUUCCAGAACAGCUUCAGAAAGUGACAAAAACCAUGGGAUGUGUGUUCUAAAUGAAGGGAAUCAUUUUGAGAGAUAAAUAACUUUGUGACAUACUAUAAACUAAAAAGAAAGAUUUAAACAUUUUCGAUCACCCCUUGUAUAUGCAAAAGUUGGCUAGGUGUGCUUGUGUAGUCUGCAACUUCUGUCUUCCAUCCCUGCCUCCAUCCUCUCAAACAUGUCCCCUACGCCACCAAGAUGUCCUUGUUUCUAAGCAGAUCACAUUUUGAUAUAAGACUUUCCCUUAGUAUUCAUUUAGCUGGCUAUGAAAUUUAUUAGUUUCAUUUCCUCUGUUGCCUUUCUCUGUCAUUGGUAUGAGAACUCGUUUCCUCUGGAUAGUUUCAGCGGGGUCAGCUCUUCAUCUCAUAAUCUAGAUUUCAUGUAAUUUUUAUGUCACAUGAUUCUAUUUUUUGAAACUUGACACCACUGAAAAGUUUGCCCCCUAGACAAUGUACACCCGUAUACUUUUUUGAAGGAAAGUUUGUGAAAAAGACUCAAGAUAACUGAACGGGAUUUGAUAUAUCUGGGUGGAUUAUAAACUGCACUUUAUGGUCCUUCUUUUGGCAGUUAGGUUCCAACCCAGGGCCGCACGCAUGUGAUGCAUGUGCUCUACCACUGAAGAACAUCCCAGCUUCUUAAUAGAACUUUUAUGAACUCUGAAAGCUAAGGUUCAGUUUCCUUAAGGUCUUUGAAUUUAGGCAAGAUUUAAAUCUAAGGACUUACAGAUAGAUUACUAGUAGCUGUAUUACAAAUGACUAAAUUUUUCCAAUUGCUGUCAGACUAUAUUAACUACUUUAUAUAAAAUUUAAUCUUCAAGUGGGCCAGGGAUGUAGCUCAGUGGCACAGUGCCUGCCUGGCAAGUGCAAGGUCCUGAGUUUGAUCCCUGGCACAAAAAAAUCAAGUGAAGUAGAAAUAUUUUUAUCCUGUUUUAUAGGUGACACAGCUAAGAUACAGAUGUUUAGUGUUUUGCCCAGGACCACAUAGUAAGUUGCAGAGUAUUUUCCACUCACAUCUUUGAUUCCAGAGUUUUUGAGGUGUUUUUGUCUUUCGUAGAGGGCAUUAAAGCCAGGGCCCUUGCACCCAGCUAUAUCCUCAACCCUUUUUGCUUUGAGACAAGAUCUCACUAAGUUGCCCAGGCUAGGCUUGAAUUUAUGAUCUUACUUCAGCCUCCCAGAGAGCAGGUAGGUGUGUGCCACCAUGUCCAACUGUUUUUAAUCCUGUUCCUAUAUGACCUCUUGUUUUUCAAUAUUUCUCUCAAGCCCUAAGCUCUAUUGUAUGAUUUCUUAGAAUAAACAUCAGUUUUGGCUGGUUGGCUAAGGAAAACCUAAAAGAGCAAAUAAUUUUCUCUGAAGAUUAAAGGAAUAUAUUGUAAAUUUGGCAGGUCACUUUGGGCAUUACUAAAUAUACCUUAGCUUUAUAAGUAAUGUAAACCUUCAUUUUAACUGGUUAAGUGUAUCUUAGACUCAUUCCUAGAGCAAAAGGUAUCAAAGUAUUUAAUUUCUUGAAGUCCAGAAGUAGACUAGAAUAAAAUUUGGGGAAUCUUUGUGUUUAAUGGUCAUCUCAGCCCCUUAGUACAUGUACUCUUGGCCCCAAUUGUGACUACCUAAAAUGUGAAACAACUAGAAAGAAUUGCAGCUGGGUGUUCUGUUCUUUAGUACACCAGUCAACUUACUGCCAUCCAGGAAAAUGCCCUUUAAAGUUAGUUGCCUUGGUAGCCAUAGGCAUUCCGAGAAUGUUGCUGUUACUGGUCAGAAGGUACUUGGAAUUUGUUUAAAUUACUUUUACCAACAAUUUUAUGAGUCAUUGAGAGAAGUAACCCAAUUCAUUUUGUUCACUUUAUUUGCUACCAUUGAGAUGAAUCUUGGUUCACUCUAAGAAUUACCUUUUUCUCAGUGGAUGGAGAUGUCACCCUUACACAUAUUUAGGAAUGUACUAUACAUUCUUAAGGCAAUUACAAACAAGGCAUUUCCAAAUAAUAGGUGCAGUGGUGUUUAGAGUCAGUAAAUGGCUACUGAGGUAAGAUUAUCAAGCCUCAUUAAACAUUUGAAGCACAGGAGUAAAGAUACAGUUACCACCCAAAAGAAGCAGGCAUUUUAGUGGAGAUGUGUAAAUUUUAAAAAAAAACUUUUUGAGAUAAGGUUUCACCAUGCAGUUCAAACUUGCCUUGGACUCACUAGCCCAAGUUGGCUUCAAACUCUUGGCAAUUGUCCUACCUUAGCUAGCCUCCCGAGCACUGGGAUUACAGGUGUGUGCCAUCACACCUGGAUUCAAUAAUAAAAUUUCAAAACUUCAAGAGAUAUACUUACUGUAAUUAUCUCCGUUCAGAUACAUCAUGACUACUAGAGCUAGUAUGAUAUUUGAAGAAGUGAGAUAAUGGGAUAAACAAGAGUUCUGAAUUUGGAGUUAACUCAGCUAAUAGAUAAAUGUGGCUUAUGUUCUUCACUCGUUGUAGGCAUUCUGGUCUGAGCUUUUUCUUCCCUUUGUUUUUGCCAGACUGGGGUCCUGAAGACUCUAAAAUAUUGCUGAGUCUCACUGGACAGUUUUGGUGCCUGUGGUAUUACUAGAUUUUUAAAAGAUUCACAAUUGAUUGAGCUCAGUGAUGCAUUUCUGUAAUUUCAGCUACUUGUAAAGCCGAGGCAGAAGAAUCCAAGUUCAACAUGAGCCUGGACAACUUAGUGUUAUUUUUAAAAAUAAAAAGGGCUGGGAUGUAGCUCAGUGGUAGAAUGCUUGCCUAGUUUAUACAAUCCCAUGGGUCCAAUCCCCAGUACCACACAAAAAAUGAUACUCUAUUUGCAGCAAAUGUUGUAUGUUAGUGCUAUCUAGUAGAAAUAUGCAAGUCACACAUGUAAUGUUAAGUAGAAACCACAUCACAAGAUAAUUUGUAAAGAAAUUUUAAUGUAUUUAACCCAAUAAAGUAAAUAUUAUUUCAACAUA